AUAACAUCGAUAUCGGCAAGCUGCCGGAGGACGUACGGGAGAAGCUCGCCGAGUUAGACCUCGAGCUGUCCGAAGAAUGAUCAUUCCGGUUGAACCCAGGACAUGGAAGAAAAGGAAAGAGGAGGGCAAUGAGGAAGAGGGAGGAGGAGCGGCAAUGGUGGCGCAGCAACACGGCGUUGAAAAAGGAAAGCCACGCUGAUCAUCCACGACUGGAAGACCUCGACGUUGCACUUUAGCACAACAACGAAAAAGAACGAAAGAGAGAAAGAGGGAGGAAGGACGAGGAGAAGAAUACGGAUAGCGAAAGGGCAAGGAGGGCAAAAAGAAAAGAGAAACAAAGAGUAAAGGAACUAAGAAGGAGAAACAGAGAAGGAAGCAACGAACGAGGGGAGAGGAAUCUGUAAAUUUAUUUUUGUUUUCAUAAAUAUCCCUUUUUGUAAAUCCAGGAUUUAUCCAAGACUUAUUGACUUCACAAAUGUUUCCAUAGACUUUUGAUUAUACGGAAUAUUUGCAUUGAUAGUUCUUUUAUCUCUUAUCGUAUAUAGACCUUUAUGAUUCGCGAGUGCAUCCAUUAAUCUUUGCUACACAAAUAUCACUUAGAAAUGGUAUAAAUUUGUAGCGAUUCCACUUCCGUGAGUCAAAAUUUGUCGCGUUGCCUCAUGAGGCCUCUCACCUUUCAAAACCUGAGAAGGCUCGUUAGUCGCAAGAAGGACCGCAACGAACCUUCCUUCAAGCGUAGCGAGUCCUUCAAGAGAAUUUCUAUUAGGAAAAGUUAUCUGGACCGGGGUAAACGACGGAAUCGUUUCCAGAAAAAUUUGGAACCUGUUGUUAAUUCUUCCUCGCAACAAGUGACGAAUGAUAAAAUUGUUAAUCAACAAAUUAAGGAGGAAGAAUUCAAGAAAGAUCAAAAGCGUUCUCUCAGUCGCGACUCUAUCACCUAUGACGAGUGGCUUCAAGGAGUCAGUUCUUCUUCCCGCGAAAAGCUUCACGAGGAUCACGACCAUCUCGAAUCUCUUCAGCAACCUAAGCCAACGAAAACCACAAAAUUUGUCAAAUAUACUGACACGGAUUCGGUUAUCGAGGAUUUGAAAAUUCUUGAGCUCGAUGCCUCGCCUGUUUUAACACCUAAAUCUAAAUCCUUUGGAAUUGUUACGGAGCUAGGACGGGAUCAGACAACCAAUGGGCACGAUACUUUUUGGAUUCAAGAGUCCUCUGUAGAAGGAUCGCUCAGUGUUAACAUCAAUCUUGGCAGAGUUUGGAGAGAUGCGGCGCCAUUUCCGGUCUCAGUUCCGCUAUCGGCUCCUUAUUCCUCUGUCUCGAAUUCUUUAGUUCAUCAUUAUCUGGAUAGCGCUCUGAAGGAGAAGAAACCGCAGCCAACUGUUGCAAGAACGGUUUCAGCGCCAGAGAAGCCCGUUAGCAAGGAAACUUCGUCAUCCUUCGGCUUCUCUCUUAGGAUCGCCAGAUUCGCUGAUUUCAGGCCAGGGAUGACGCGACAUGGUCUUUUUCGCCGGAAAACACCAAAACCAUCGCCAAGUGUGAGCACGGAAGGUUACUUCAAACGAACGAGCGCGUCUAGACACUCUAGUUCUCGUCGUCGAAGUGGUAAGAGAACUUCUCAACGCGCUAACAAGAAGAAUCAGAAACCUGCGGUUCGUAUCAACAGUCCAGUAUGGUUUAUUCCACCCGAAAGACGUCGCUCGAGACGUCAACGCCGAGUCUGGCAAGAGAUCAGAUAUUUCCCUGAUGAUGAGAGUCCAAUCCUAGAGAGAAUUAACGACUGGUCGUCGAACGUGUCUGACGAUCAGUUCGACGAUCAAAAGCUGCUGCUGUCAGGUGAUUUCAAUGAGCGUCGGGAAGAUGAUGCCUUGAACUCGAUUGUUUCAUCGUCCUUUGGUUCUUUUUCGGCGACAUCGUCUUCGUCAUCAGCUUGUCUGGUACAAAAAAUCAGCGACUUUAACGAGGAUAAGCUAUUCUCUGAGGAGCUAAGGACCAACGGUCUUCUUGUGCGGGGAGCCACUUGGAAACUUUCGGCGACAACGACAACAACAACGAUGAUGUCAACGCCAGCGAGAACAAUCAUUUCUGGAAAUUAUUUUGCCAGUAGUCAAUUCCUUACCUUUCUAGCCAAGGACAUUGUCAAAGAAAGGUCAAAAAACGAAAGUUUCAACACAGGUUACAAAUGUCUCUCAUCACCAUCAAGCGAUAGUGAAGACGAUGAUGUUGAUCACUUCAGUGAUCGUAAAAAAAAUUUUCCACAACGACAGCAGCAUUUAAAAGGGCAAAAAUCGGGAUUUAGAAGGAGACCAUUGCGUCGGAAGUCGCAAUUGAGAAAAGCAUCCGCUCAGCCGGUAUUCCUUGUGCGCAAGUGCUCAUCCUUGAGGAAACAUUCCAGAGAUAUUACACAGAAGGGUUAUGAAAAGAAACGGACGCGUCUACUUCAGCAAUACGCUUCGAAGCAGAUAGGCGGUCGACUAGCGCCUGGGGGAAUCGCCAGUCCCGCGAGUUCUGGCGGCUCCACAGGGAACGUUGGGAACUCGAAUUCUGCUACUGCGGCAGCGGCAGCGGCAGCGGCGGCGGCAGCUAGACGCGGUAAUCGCAGACUGACACGCAAUGAGAGCCGUUACCAUUCCGAGGUACGCCAGGAGGCAGUGCAGCAGGCUUUAGCGGCGAUGCAGGGACGACCAAAGCCAUCCUUACCAAUGCCAUCCAAGAGAACCUCCGUGAUGGCCAGAAGUCCCGAUCGAGAGAGAUGCAAUAGCGGCGAAUCCAGUAGUGACGAGGAUAGCGUUGUCACUGAGGAGAGUCCAAGCGCGGGUGGUCCAACCGGUACCGGUCUUUCGGAUACCAGUAGUACCGGUUCCGCUCGCGACACUCCACCUCCGCCCAGACCGCCAGCUAGGAGGCCGCCUGGCGCCGACAUCACUGACAUCACUGAAUACACGCCACAUGCCUAUUGCAAUAUCCAACCACCGGACGUUACUCACGUGACGAGCAGUACCCCGAUCGGUCAGCAGCAAUCGGCAACGCGGCGACCUGGAGCCGAUCGGGUGAACCGUUAUGCGCACGUGGUCGAAGAUCAAAAUAGUACUGGUACCACAGGCCGCUGGAAAGUCUCUGCAAAGAUUCAGCAAUUAUUAAACACGUUGAAACGGCCGAAGCGUCGGCCCCUGCCAGAGUUCUACGAGGACGACGAUAUCGAACUGGAGAUCGCAGCGAAUCCAAAGGAUCCAAAUGCUCCCAAACCCGAAGGUGGUUCCAUGACAUCGGCGGUAGGCGAAACGCUAUCAGUGCCAUCGGGGUUACCACGAUCUCUCGAAGCUGCCAUUCAGAGGUAUGGCUCGGCGACAUACAAGGCGCCUGUGGCUACCGUCCUGGAUCCUAAUGGCAAGCUUUGCGUAACACUUACAUACGGUAAACUGUUCAGUCGUUCUCAUAAGAUUGCCUACACCCUUCUGAAUAAGGCUUUAAGUCGCGGAGGAGAUUGCUGUCUAAAACCUGGCGACAGAAUCGCCCUGGUUUAUCCGAACAACGAUCCGAUUAGCUUCAUGUGCGCCUUUUAUGGCUGUCUUCAAGCCGGUAUCGUGCCAGUGCCCAUUGAAGUACCUCUGACUCGUCGUGAUGCAGGUUCUCAACAGAUUGGAUUUCUUUUAGGAAGCUGUGGAAUUCAGGUGGCGUUGACUAGUGAAGCGUGUCUGAAGGGUCUGCCAAAGACGGCAGCUGGCGAAGUGAUAGCCUUUAAAGGCUGGCCAAAACUACAUUGGUUCGUUACUGAGCAUCUUGGCAAGACGCCCAAAGAUUGGCUACCGCCACCACGGCUUACCGAUGACACGCCCGCAUAUAUUGAAUAUACUACCGAUAAAGACGGCUCCGUGAUGGGUGUGACUAUUACUAGGGCGGCAAUGAUGGCCCACUGUCGUGCUCUCACGCAGGCUUGCGGUUACACCGAAGGCGAGAAUGCUGUCUGCGUGCUUGACUUUAAGCGGGAAGUCGGCCUCUGGCACAGUACUUUAACCAGUGUACUAAAUGGCAUGCAUGUCAUUUUCAUCCCUUAUGCCCUGAUGAAGGUUAAUCCUGCUAGCUGGAUGCAAAUGAUCACGAAGCAUCGUGCCAGCGUCGCGGUCGUAAAAUCGCGAGAUCUUCACUGGGGUCUGUUAGCAACUAAGGAUCACAAGGAUGUCUCUCUGGCGUCAUUGCGGUUACUACUCGUUGCAGAUGGCGCGAAUCCCUGGUCUCUCUCGUCCUGCGAUCAAUUUCUCUCAGUGUUCCAAUCAAAAGGACUCAGACCAGAUGCUGUCUGUCCUUGCGCUUCCUCAAGCGAGGCUCUCACAGUAUCCGUACGAAGGCCAGGACGCGCAGGAGUAAAUGCGACUGGUCGUGGAGUUCUCUCUAUGUCCGGUCUAAGUUACGGAGUUGUUAGAGUAGAUCAGGAGAAUUCUCUUACAUCAUUAACACUACAAGAUUGCGGACAAGUCAUGCCUGGAAGUGUAGUAGUCGUUAUUAAGAUGGAAGGACAGCCAUUUAUUUGUAAGACGGAUGAAGUAGGUGAAAUUUGCGUGCAUAGUGCAGCGACUGGUACCCAAUAUUGGGGCUUGCAAGGGCUUACCAACAAUACCUUCAAGAUAUUGCCCUUACAAGUCGACGGCACUACCUUGAGUGAUGUAGAAUACACGCGUUCCGGUUUGCUGGGUUUUCUUGGUCCUGGAGGACUUGUGUUUGUCUGCGGAUCACGGGACGGUCUCAUGACGGUGACUGGCAGGAAACACAAUGCCGACGACAUUAUUGCCACUGUGCUAGCGGUCGAACCAAUGAAAUUUAUAUAUCGCGGUAGAAUCGCCGUUUUCAGUGUGAGAGUCCUUAGGGACGAAAGGAUAUGCGUCGUAGCCGAACAACGGCCUGAUUGCAGUGAGGAAGAGAGCUUCCAAUGGAUGUCUCGAGUAUUACAAGCGGUGGACUCGAUCCAUGCAGUAGGAAUAUAUUGUCUUGCCUUGGUACCACCUAAUUAUUUACCCAAAACGCCAUUAGGUGGCAUCCACCUGUCGGAAACGAAACGCCGCUUCCUCGAGGGUACUCUCCAUCCAGCUAAUGUGCUCCUCUGCCCUCACACAUGUGUCACUAAUUUGCCAAAACCGCGCGAAAUCCAUUCAGCGGGGGAUUCUGUUGCAGAUGUUGGACCGGCCAGUGUCAUGGUAGGAAAUAUUGUCCAAGGCAACCGAUUGGCUUCUGCCCAGGGACGAGAUAUGGGUGUCCUAGACGAAGAUAGUGAUAAUGCUAAAAAGUACCAAUUUAUUUCCGAAAUUCUACGGUGGCGCGCUGUCAGUACUUCAGAUCAUGUGAUAUUUACGUCGUUAAACGCGAAGGGCACCGUGGCUACCUCAUUGUCCUGCUCGCAGUUGCAUAAGAAAGCUGAGAGGAUUGGGAAUCUACUCUUGGAUCGAGGGAGGAUUAACACUGGAGACCAUGUAGCACUUAUUUUCCCACCUGGUACUGAUCUAAUAUGCGCGUUUUAUGGCUGUUUAUAUGUUGGCGCUGUGCCGGUAACCAUCAGGCCACCUCAUCCUCAAAAUCUUCAAACGACCUUGCCGACUGUUCGCAUGAUCGUGGACGUCAGUAAAUCUGUCCUCGUAUUGACUAACCAGAACCUACUCAAAUUAUUGAAGACAAAGGAAGCAAACAACGUGGUUGAUGUGAAGAGUUGGCCAAUGAUCUUAGAUAUGGACGACAUGCCAAAGAAGAAGCUACCGGUAAUGUAUCGAGCACCCACCGCGGAGAUGCUGGCCUAUCUCGACUUCAGUGUUUCGACAACGGGCAUGCUCGCUGGCAUCAAAAUGUCUCAUGCAGCAGUUACUUCGUUGUGCCGUGCCAUGAAGCUAGCGUGUGAACUCUAUCCUUCCAGACAUAUCGCUCUCUGUCUGGAUCCAUACUCGGGCCUUGGUUUUGCCUUAUGGUGUCUCAGCAGUAUAUACAGUGGACAUCAUUCUAUACUUAUACCACCAUCGGAGGUGGAAGCCAACCCUGCACUCUGGUUGUCGGCAGUCAGUCAAUCUAGAGUAAGAGAUACUUUCUGCUCGUACGGUGUUAUGGAGCUGUGCACGAAAGGACUCGGUUCCUCGGUACACACGCUCAAGGCGCGAGGCGUCAGUCUGGCAUGUGUUAGAACAUGUGUCGUCGUCGCCGAGGAGAGACCACGGAUCGCGUUAACAACGAGUUUUAGUAAGCUAUUCUCCGCACUCGGUCUGAGUCCCCGCGCGGUCUCUACCUCAUUUGGCUGUAGAGUAAACACUGCCAUUUGCUUACAGGGAGCGUCCAGUCCGGAGCCCUCGACAGUCUAUGUAGACCUUCGUGCAUUGCGUAAUGACCGAGUGUCUUUGGUGGAACGAGGCAGUCCACAUUCUCUGUGCUUGAUGGAAUCGGGCAAAUUACUGCCUGGGGUAAAAGUAAUCAUCGCGAAUCCUGAAACCAAAGGUCAAUGUGGUGACUCGCAUCUAGGCGAAAUCUGGGUACAGUCAUCACACAAUGCGAGCGGUUAUUUCACAAUCUAUGGUGAUGAGAGCGAUUACGCUGAUCAUUUUAACGCGCGACUAGUUACUGGCAAUACGAGCGAAGUCUAUGCACGGACUGGCUACCUUGGUUUCUUGAGAAGGACCGAGAGCAUCCAGCAGUCAGUGAUUAGCGACGUACCCGGUGAUACUAAUGUGCCCGAGGCUGAUCUCAUUCCAAGCGAUCCGGAACUUCAUGAUGCCGUAUUCGUCGUUGGCGCUCUCGACGAGGCCAUCUUACUACGAGGUAUGCGCUAUCAUCCAAUAGACAUCGAAAACAGUGUCAUGCGGUGUCACAAGAAAAUCGCAGAAUGCGCUGUGUUCACAUGGACCAAUCUGCUAGUGGUAGUGGUAGAAUUGGACGGUAGUGAAAGCGAAGCCCUCGAUCUUGUAGCUCUGGUGACGAGUGCUGUGCUCGAAGAACACCAUUUGGUAGUUGGCGUAGUAGUUGUAGUGGACCCCGGUGUGGUACCCAUUAAUUCGCGCGGUGAGAAGCAACGGAUGCAUUUGCGUGAUGGCUUUCUCGCGGACCAGCUCGAUCCUAUCUACGUGGCGUAUAAUAUGUAAAUGGGUGUGCGAGAAAAUGUUCUCACCUUCUAUGUAUUCCGCCCUCCUUUCCGCCGACAAUUCUUAUCCGAUAUAUAUUGAGGCUGCAGUGGAACUUCAUUCACGAGGAUGAUUUGCUCCAAUAAUGCUGGAACGAGCAACUUUAGCAAGAAUUUUAAUUCUCAUUUGCUUUAUUUGAUAACUCUAAUUUACAAAAAGUUUCUCUUUUAUUAUUUUGAACUAGUCAAGAUGUUUCUUAUAGAUUUUUGGGUGCUGAAAAUAAUGCCACAAACCAAAAGAUUCCACACGCUUAUUUUGGAAAAAUGACUCGAUAUAAUUAUUCUAUUUUGAGAUAUGUUGUAGCUUUUAUAAUUCUGAAUAAAUAUAUUUAUUGGCACACUUAUAUAAAAUCAAGAGAUAAAGAAAUAUAGAACUCGUGAACAUAGAAUCUGAGUGUCUGCCAUAUCUCUUUGAGAUUUGAUGUUUUCUUUUAUAUAUAAUUUAGAUUACAUAUAUACGUAUAUCUUCCUGAUUGUUGAGUGCUGCGCACAUACAUUUAUGUAGAGUAUUUUUAUUCGUGUGUGAUUUUAUAAAUUGGAUGUAUUCAUGAAGUCUGAUACUUUUGUAUAUUUGUAUAGAGUUGAGCCUAAUUUCCAAACGUCAAAAAACAUAUAAAUUAUCAUAGGAGUCAACUUGCGAAAAAUAUUGGUGGGGGGGGGAAGGGCACCGAGAAAUAUUGAGGGAGAACACAAUAUCCAUUUUUUGCGGUGCUCCUGAUAAAAAUAAUUCGCUGAAAUAACUAAAAUCUAUCAUAUUAAUGGAGAUUUUAACGAUUUCAACGAUUUAUUUCCAUCAAUGCAUCG